AUGAGUCGCAGCCCGGAAAGAAUGUCCUCCUACCGCCGUCACUUUGAGGGUGGAUUCAGCUCCUCUUCCACGAUCCAGGUGCGGGUCUCCAGUCCUUCACCCACUCGUGUCCCCGCGCGCCACCGCUCCGCAAGUUACUCCCGCAGCGGGACACUGGGGCGCAAAACGCAACCUGGCACCAGCAGAUCACGCAUGACCAGUAGUGUGAGUAUGGGUACACUGUGUCUGGGCAUGGGUUGGGGGGUUGCUGGAGGUGCACUGGAUCUUGAUGCUGCAGCUGCUGCUAAUCAGGCUUUCCUCAGCACUCGCACCAGUGAGAGAAAGGAAAUGAUUGCCCUCAAUGACCGUCUGGCUGUUUAUAUCGAAAAGGUACGAUCUCUAGAGCAGAGCAACAAGCUUCUUGAAGCAGAGAUUGAUGCCAUUAAGGGUCAAUAUGUGAAGCCAUCUGGCCUGCGUAAGCUCUAUGAGGACCAGCUGAGGGAGCUGAGGAGGAUCGCUGACCAAAUGAAAGUCCAGCGGGAUCUGGCGGUGGCAGCACGGGACGCCAUGGCGGGUCAGCUGGAAAUGCUGAAGGUGAAAUACGAGGAGGCUGUGGAGGCCAGGAAGAAGGCGGAGAUGGAGAUUGAAGCCUUUAGACCGGAUGUAGAUGCAGCAACAUCUGCCCGCAUCGCCCUGGAAAAGCGAAUGGAAAACCUGGAAGUAGAGCUUGAAUUCCUGCAAAGGAUUCACAAAAAGGAAAUUGAAGAGUUGAUGGCACAGAUUUAUGGAUCUGUGGCCAAGGUAGAUGUGGCCUUCUCUUUGCCUGACCUAGCCAGUGCUCUCAAACAGAUCCAGGUUCAAUAUGACAACAUCGCUGCCCAAAACCUGCAGGAGAUGGAUGCCUGGUAUAAAACAAAAUUCCAAGAUCUAAACCAAGCAACAUCACGGCAUGUGGAAACAAAAAGGAGCGUCAGACAAGAAAUCACCGGUUUCAAGAAAGAUAUUCAGAAUAAGCAGAGAGAGCUGGAUGCUCUUAACACCAGGAAUGAGGCACUGAUGCUACAGAUCCACGAAGCCCAGGAGAAAUACAAAAAAGAGGAGGAGGAGCUAAAGGCCCGUAUAGAAGCGCUGAAGGAGGAUCUGAAGUCUAUUAAGGGCAGGAUUGCACUGUUGCUGAGAGAAUAUCAGGAUCUGCUCAAUGUGAAGAUGGCACUGGAGAUUGAAAUCACCACAUACAGGAAGUUGAUUGAAGGAGAAGAUAGCCGCUUGUCCACCAUGGUCGGUGGUCUGUCUCUCAUGAGCGGUACCAUGAUGAGCAUGAGCACAGGUAUGGUCAGCAGCACUUCUGGGUCAGCGUUCAGCUCAGCAGGUGCUGCAGCCGCCCACAGUCAGGAGGUCGGCGGAUCUGUGAGUGCUACUGCCUCAGAGAAGGUGGUCUCCUCCUCCAGCAGCUCAGAGAGCAAGAUAGUCGACCGCAACCAUCACGAGUCUGUGGAGCAGUUCACCCAAGAACAGGCCGUGGAGACGACGGAGAGAAAGACGGUCCUCAUCAGAACAGUUAAGACAGAAGAGGACAUGAUUCAGAGGGACACACAGGAACGCACCAUCACCAUCUCUGGCGCUGCGGACGAGAAUGAUUGA